AUGGAGAUGAUUGAGGAGAUUUAUGCAAAUGCAGGUGUUACUCCAGACAGCGGAGCUGAUUCCAGUGACAGUAACAGUUCAUAUGAAGAAAUUGAUGUGAACGAGGACAAUUUGGAGACCCAGCGGACCGGAAGACUCAAGCAGUCUGAGACCUCAGGAAACAACCAUGCAGGGAAUAAAUGUUACAGAUUGACUGCAGUGUGUCUGCUGCUGCUGUGUGUUCUCCUGCUGACUGCCGUCACAGUGCUGUGGAUCAAAUUCAACAAUGUGAAUACAGAAAACAACCAGCUACAGACCAGAUACAGCAACCUGACUAUAGAGAGAGACCAGUUAAAAUUAGAGAGAGACCAUUCAGAAACCAGUUACAACAACCUGACUAGAGAGAGAGACCAGUUAAAAUUAGAGAGAGACCGGUUACAAACUAGUUACCACAACCUGACUAAAGAGAGAGACCAGUUACAAACCACUUACAAGAAACUGACCAAAGAGAGAGACCAGUUACAGACCAGUUACAACAACCUGAACACAGAAAAAGACCAGUUACAGACCAGUUACAACAACCUGAACACAGAAAAAGACCAGUUACAAACCAGAUACAACAGCCUGAACACAGAAAAAGACCAGUUACAGACCAGUUACAAGAAACUGACCAAAGAGAGAGACCAGUUACAGACCAGUUACAACAACCUGAAUAAAGAUAGAAACCUAGACCAGUUACAGACCAGAUACGACAACCUGACUAUAGAGAGAGACCAGUUACAGACCAGAUACGACAACCUGACUAUAGAGAGAGACCAGUUACAGCGGGAGAGAUCUGGACUGCACAGUGCACUUUCUAAACUUGGAUGGAGAUUUUUCAGAUCGAGCAUUUACAACAUUUCUACUGAAAAUAAGUACUGGGAUGACAGCAGAAAGUACUGCACAGACACAGGAGCAGACCUGGUGAUCAUAAACAGCACAGAGGAACAGGAGUUCAUCAGUAAAUAUUUUGGCGGUACUGAAGCUUGGAUUGGUCUGACUGACAGAGAGACAGAGGGGGAAUUUAAAUGGGUGGACGGUAAACCACUGACCACUGAGUUCUGGUGGGACGGGGAACCCAAUGAUUUUGGAAGCAGAGAGGACUGUGUUAUAACAGGCUAUAGCAAGGCUAAAUCUAACAUAUCAACUUGGGCUGAUUAUCCCUGUGACCACUCUGUAGUCGGGAUUUGUGAGAUGAAAAUAUUUAACUGAGCACAUGAAGGUCAAUAGCUGAAAUUGAAACAGUAUAUCUUAAAAUGGCCCCCCAUGUCUUAGCUUUUGCUUAUGCCUAAUGGUCAACAACUCUGACAUGUGUGCCAACUUUCAUGAAAUUUUAAGCAUGCUAAGAGCCUCAAAAAGGCUCGAAAAGAGUAUUAUGUUUGAUGCAUUACCACGGCAACACUAGUUAAGAUAUGAAGAAUCCUUUUGCAAUUUUACAUCAGCUGUGUCUCGACAUUACUCUGACCAAGUUUGAAGCGAUUAGGUUAAAUGUAAGAAGGCUAUUUAAGAGCCUGUUUUAAGUCACACAGUUCCUGCUGCCAGUUGGUGGCGCUAUGACCUUGACUCACAAUAGUCACAUCCAUGUGAUCAGCCCCAAUGACCAAACAUACAGCUCAAACUUGAUCUAAAUCACUCAGUGCAUGCAAAAGAUACAAGACACUUCCUGUUUCCCUUUGUUCACCAUAAAUUUAUUGCCUUGCCAUGGCGAAACUGCUCGAGAUAUCAAAAAUCCCUUCAUAAUUUAGCAUCCUCAAUGUCUUGGUAUAAUGUUGACCAAGUUUGGUGAACUUCGCAUGAAUCCCCUAGGAGGAGUAUUUCAAAAGUUCAGAGCCUACAAUUUUCAAAAAAUUCACAUUAAAUCCAAAAUAAUCUACUUCCUGUUGGGUGGAGCUAAUGACAUUUUGAAAGUUGUCCAGCUUGAUGAGAACAAAAUAUGUACCGAGUUUGGUGACUGUGGGUGAAACUGACCCCACCACUUUAGUCAAAAUGGGGCAAUACAGAGCCCCCGUCCAUGCCCAUGUAUUAUCUUUUGCCUACGCCUAAUGGCAGACAACUCUGACGUGUACCAGCUUUCAUGAAAUUUUAAGCAUAAUAAGAGCCUCAAAAUCACCCAAAAAGAAUAUUAAUGUUUGUGUUACCAUGGCAACACUAUUUAAGAUAUCAAAAAUCCUUUCACAAUUUUCCAUCAGGUUGCACAGGUAGUCCAGCUCCUCAAGGAUGGCACAUCCAUACAUGCCGUCGCAAGUACGUUUGGUGUGUCUCCCAGCACAGUUUGAAGUGCAUGAAGAAGAUACCAGGAGACAGGCCGUUACACGAGGAGAGCUGGACAGGGCAGCAGGAGGACCGGUAUUUGCUCCUUUGUUUGAGGAGAAACAGGAGGAGCACUUUCAGAGCCCUACAAAAUGACCUCCAGCAGGCUACUGGUUUGCAUGUUUCUGACCAAACUGUCAGAAACAGAGGACAUCAGGUCCUCCAUGAGGGUGGCAUGAGGACCCAAUGUCCUCUAGUGGGACCUGUGCUCACAGCCCAGCACUGUGCAGCUCGAUUGGCAUUUGCCAGAGAACACCAAAAUUGGCAGGCCCGCCGUUGGCGCCCCUUUCUCUUCACGGAUGAGAGCAGGUUCAUACUGAGCAUAUGUGACAGACGUGAAAGAGGCUGGAGAUGCCGUGGGGAAUGUUAUGCUGCCUGCAACAUCAUUCAGCAUGACCGUUUUGGCGGUGGGUCAGCGAUGGCCUGGGGAGGAAUAUCCUUGGAGGGUCGCACAGACCUCCACGUGCUAGCCGUACCGCUGUUAGGUAUCAGGAUGAAAUCCUCAGAGCCAUUGUCAGACCUUACGCUGGUGCAGUGCACCAGGGUUCCUCCUGGUGCAUGACAAUGCCUGGCCUCAUGUGGCCAGAAUGUGUAGGCAGUUUCUGGAUGAUAAGACAUUGAUGCCAUUGACUGGCCCUCAUGUUCCCCAGACCUGAAUCCAAUUGAGAACCUCUGGGACAUUAUGUAUCAGAGCAUCUAAAGUCACCAAGUAACACCACAGAGUGUACAGGAGCUCACUGAUGCCCUGAUCAAGGUCUGGGAGGAGAUCCCCCUGGACACCAUCCGCCAUCUCAUCAGGAGCAUGCACAGACGUUAUCGGGAGUGCGUCCAGGCACGUGGGGGCCAUAUACACUACUGACUUACAUUGAGUUGCUGUGAUGAAAUUCAUGCAAGUUGGAUCAGCCUGCAAUUUCAAUUUUUUUACUUUGAUGUUUGGUGUGAUUUUGAAUCCAGCCCUCAAUGUGCUGAUGACUUUGGUUUCCAUUGACCAUUGUGACAUCAUUUUGUUCUCAACAAAUUACACAAUGUAUAUAAAUAAAGAUUUUCAACUUGAAUAUUUCGUUCAUCUAGCUAUAUAUACACAGUCAGGUU